GCAACAGGUUUUAGAUUCCAAAAUGGCGCCCGAUGUGAUGAUCCCACCACUUCAAAUCUUUAUUAAAGUCGAUAAACGUCUGAGCCAAGACGAAAAAACAGAUAUCAUUCAAAGUAUGAAGAAGAGAUAUCCAGUUAAAUUGAACAGCUUGGACAAUAAGAAUUUCUUGGAGUUACUGGAAGCACUAUUCAAAAUUGGCGCCAUAACAGAAGACCUGUCGCUUAUCACUAAAAUCACUGCGAAUGCAGAGAAAAAGGAAGAAAUCCAAGACAUUAUUGGCAAAUGUGAGCCACUAAAGAAAGAAUUUGUAGGAAGAAAACAAGAUGUUACAAAAAUUCGCUCGAAGCUUACUAAUAAGCUGCCUUGUGUUCCGGGAAUAAAUCUUUUUGGGGAAUCAGGAGUUGGCAAAACAACGCUUGCUCAAGAAAUUGCAAAAUCCCUGAAAGAUUUCAAGCUGAUCACUAUCGAUUUAAGAGGAAUUCUUGAGAUGGGAAAUGUCUAUUUUCAUGUUCUUGACGGAUUCAAACUGCCAGCUUGGGAUAAGGAUAUCAGUAGAUUCAUCUCAUACCUUAAAACUCUGAAAGAUAAAACCCUUUUGAUUCUUGAUAAUGUUGAGCAACUACAUGUUAUCCCAUCAGAGAAAGAGACUGAGAGCCAAAAAGCAGAGUUUUUUGAUUUUCUUCUUGAGAUAGUUACUUCAACAGCUUGUAAAAGUGGURAUUUGAAGCUUCUUYUGACUUCAAGGGAGAGAUUGGAYRAUGCAAAGUUAARGCAAAGAUUGYUUUCUGAUYAURAKGUUCAGCCUUUUGAUGACAAGGUGUCUAAACRCUUUCUUAGUCGUGAUGARAAACAGAUUCCUGGAAUUUCUAAAGAGGAUGAAGAAGCAAAUAUGGAGGAAAUUGUAAAGCUUUGCAAAAAUAUCCCAUACCUAUUACAGGGUGCCAAGCAGAUGCUUAGAGAGGACUUCAGUCCAUCGUCACAGGUGUUGGAAAGGCUUAAGUCUCAGCUAGAGAAAARGGUUCCCAAGGAAUAUGCUUGCYUGGCUGAACAAUUUGAAUCGAUCCCCAAUGACCACCUCAAACAGCUUGCAGUGAAGAUAUCUCUUCUUCAGCAACCUUUCUCUGUCUCUACAGCAACAAAGAUUGGUAAUAUUUCAUCAAAUUAUGAUGCCACUAUUGAUUUAGAAUUGCUAGCAGUUCACAAAGUAAUAUCAAAAGUAGAUGGAAAGAAGUUAAAGUAUGAUAUCCAUGCUCAGUUCAAAGAUUUUGUGAAAAAGUAUCUUUGUAAAGCCCAGCCACAGUACAAAGAGACAUAUCAAGAGGGAGAAAAACAUUUUUUUUCUCACUUCUCCAGUAAAAUGAGCAAACUUGCUCAACAUUUAGAUAAAGAGUUUGUCAAUGUCUAUUCAAAGCUUGAAGGAAACCGCGCUAAUUUUGAGCUGGCCAUUGACAUUUCAAAGAAACGAAGUGAAGUCUUUGAUGUUCUUCUCCAUUCUGAUGAGCAUAACGAGGCUGCUUUGAUGGGCCUUUUGUUUGAAGCAUUGAAAGACAUCAAUGAAAGAAAGAUGCUGUAUUCACAGUGGGCUGAAAAUGCAGAAAAUUCAGGGAAAUGGUUGACCAGUGCACAGUUAAGAUGCUGGCAGGCUUUACAGGGAGCAGACAUGGAAGGAACACGUGAUGCCAAUGAAGCGCUCCGCAUUGCAGAAGAAUCCCUGAAAAAGGCAGAGCAGCAACCGCAACAGCCGCAGGAACAACUUGAUUCUGCUAAAAGCCUGUUCCUUCAUGCCAGUGGAAGAAUUAAGUGGCUCCAUGCUUCAAAAUCGCAGGACUCAAAAGAAAAGAAAGACGAAAUUCAAGAAGGAAUUAGAAAUUUAAAAGAAGCUUUGCAGCUGAGUGAGGAUGCAACAAAACAACAAGCCAGUACCAUGAAUGCUCGGAUUAUCAAUCUGAUUGGGAAUUGCUACAUGGAGCUAAACGAUCCUUCGACUGCAGAGACGUACUUUCUCAGCGCAUUGGAAAUGAAAAGGAAACUUGUUGGGAGCGACAGCCACUGGGAGAUCCCCACAUACUACAACCAAAUUGCGCAGGUUCACGAGAGACGUGGUAUGGAAAUGGAAAAGUCUUUUUUCGCGUUUUGGUAUAGAAAGAAAAUUGAUGCAGAAUACAAUGCUGCAGUAGAAUGGAUGGAAAGAGCUCUUAAACUCCAAGACGAUUUAGGCGUCAGUGAUACAGAACACACCGCCACAUUUCAAAGAAAUCUUGCAAACUCUUUAAUCGGUAUUAGGGAUUAUGACAAGGCGCUGUCAUAUGCAAACAUGUGUUAUGAAAACAGACUAAAACGGCUGGGUGAACAUCCUGAGACUGCUAGGAUUCUGUACCUAACAGGAAUUAUAAACGAGUGGAGGAAAGAUAUCGAGAGUGCAUGCAAAAGCUACGAAGAGGCUUUUGAAAUGGAAGAAGCACUUCCAGAAUACAAUCACAGCAUUGUGAGGAUAUUGAUUCGGGAGAGAUUGGAGGCGAUGUACAAAAAGCUGAAACUAAAGAAUAAGAUAGAAGAGCUUAAAAAGAGAAUUAAAGAGAUAGAAGAGCACUCCAAUUUGCAGCCUUCUGGAUCUGCUACUGAAACCUCCAGGGAAACAGAGGCGCCAAAUAUAUCAGAAGACUCAGAUAACUCCGAUGUGCCAUCAGAUGAUUAUAGUGACAUCAUGGAUGCCUGUAACGUUUAUAUUACUGUCAACCAACAAGGCGGAACGUACAACCAUUUGACAAGAGGUUUCUGUCUUCAAUUCCCUCCUGAUUGCGUCAAAGAAGCUACACGGAUAAAGUGCGAGGCGUCAUCAAAAACAACCCUCCCCUCCCCUGCUCAUCCAAUGGAGUGUCUCGUUAGCUCUGUCGUUCAAAUUAGACCAUGUUCCGUGCAACUCAAAAUAAUAAAGCCUUUUGUUAUGAUACUACUGCAUUGUGGGGUUGAGAAAUCAAAGGGAUAUGAAACUAAAGUGAAAGUCUUCUAUGAAGAAAGUGGAAAAUGGGAAGAAAUGGAAGAACUGCAAGAAGAAUCGAUACCUUUUGUACAUGUAAACAUUGAUCCCCCUUCGUUGAAGUACGUUAGAAUACAGCCUUCAAAAAUGGCAGCCGUAGCAGUAGUUUCCAGGCUUGUCACCGAUACGUUCGAGGUACCAGUCAGCGGUUGCGUUGUCAAGUCGAGCGUUUGUCCUGACGUCACGCUUCGUUUUCCUGAAGGGGCCGUUGAUAAGCCGAACAAAGGAAGCUUACAGAUCAUCCCAAUUCCUGAUCACGUUAUUUCUGAAUAUGAAGCGAUUCCAAGUCCAGUUUUGCUGUUACAUGGCUUCGAGAAUGUUACUUUCUGUGAACCCGUUCGCAUUACGGUUCCUUGUGCGUCCCUUUCUGGCAGCAUUCGGCUCCUGCGUCUGGACGAUAUAAGAAAUCCGCCUUUUCACUGGAAAGACAUCACUUCAGAUGACAUUAAACCUAAGAUACAUAACCAUGUUAUAGAACUGGAAGUAAAGCGAUUUUGUGGGCUUUGGGGUUGGAUUACGUCAGCAAGAGAUAUACUCAUCGAGAAAGCCCUCAUUCUUUAUUCCCAUAUAUGUGUACAUCCUUGCCGUGUCGUCUUUGAAGCCUACCAUAGAAAACCUGAAACCUUGGAAAGCAAAGAGUUCGACUUGAUGCUUGUAUGUGUCACGUACGAUGAACAACCAAAGGUUGAAGAAAGACUAAAACAACACUACUACUACCUUAAACAUGCUACACCAGAUGACGGUAUGCGAACGAAUGAAAGAGCCUUUCCUAAAUUUGAAGGAGAAGAGCAGUUAAAAUGGGAUCAGGACUUCUUUCUUGAAUUUCCAGGGUUUGGGGGAGGAUCGUGUGAAAAACCGCUCAACUUAGAGACUAAUCUUACCAAGAUUGAUCUCAAAUUUUAUCGCGAUAAAGAAACAGAGAAAAACCUUCUUUGCAAAUUACCCGGCUUGAAAAAGAAGCAAGGAGCAACGGAGCAAAGACAAGAAAAUACACCAUCACAGGAGACUUAUAGUGAACGCAAGAUCUGGGUCGAAUAUUGUGGAAUCACCUUUGAUAUUCUAAGAGACAUUUCUGAACAAGAUGCUGAUCAUUUACUUCAACUCUUCGACGAAGAAAAAGUUAAAGACACCAUACAUGGAUUUAAGAAGCGAUGGUAUGACGAUAAUGGUGUGGAGGAGUUCUUGUCUUUGCUCCAUAACAUCCCAUAUCAUAAAGUGUACGAAGCGUUGAAUAAACCAGAUCAAAACACACAAGACCGCCUGGAUCACAUUUUGAAAAAGAUUCAAUAUGGUCACAAGAUCACUGCAGAGACUUCUCUUCUUAAUAUUCCCCAAAAAUUGACAAACACAAUAAGCAAUAUGUCGACUAAAUCCAUAAAAGAUUACAAGAAGUUCGGUCAACUUUUAGGACUAAGCGAGGAAAACCUUAAAUCGUUAGAGUCUUCUCCUGCAGUUCUCAGUUUCUGGAAAGAAAAUAACAAGGAGACGGGAAAAGUCGCUGACUUGCUCAAAGCUUUGAGAGAGUGUUGCGCUGAUGAUCUUGCUAAAGAUCUGGCGAAGAUUAUAACCAAGAUAGCCAGGGAUAACACCGUAUCACAGGCUUCGGAACGCGAAAGCACCAGGGAGGUCACUGUUACCGAAACCCGGGCUGCUGAACGCGAGGAAAACAGUAGAGUCAUUGUUUCCGAAUCACAGGUUGCCGAACGCAAAAGCAACAGGGAGGUCGCUAUUACUGAAAACCGGGCUGCUAAACACGAAGACAACAGUGGAAUCAGUAAAAACCAAUACUCUGGUCACUGGAAAGACGAUCCAGAUUCAAGCGAUGUGUACAGGAUGAAAAGUAACCCCAGAGGAUUGAUGGUCAUCAUUAACAUCCAGAAAUUUGCUGUUGACCCUACACAUGAAAACCGAGAGGAGCUCAUGAAAGAAUUGACCGAGCGCGAAGGUUCUGAGAGGGAUGUUGAUAAACUAACUGAUCUUUUCAGUGGAAAGCUAAAUUUCAAAGUCUGCACCAUCAUAGACAAACCAAGAAUUGAAAUUUUGGGAGAACUGCGAAGAUUUGCUGAAGACUCUGCCUACAAAGAUUACGACUGUCUUGCAGUGUGCAUCAUGAGUCAUGGAAAAGACGACAAAUUCUACGCAUACGAUGGAAAACCAAUCAAAGUCUCAGCUGUUUACAACAUGUUCUCCAACUCGAUGUGUGAGGUUUUUCGCUUCAAGCCAAAGCUGUUUUUUAUACAAGCAUGCMGUSGACMAARGGGCAGUAAGUUUGUCGCAGCCGAUGGGCCAUCGGUAGAAUCUUCAGCACAGCAUCCACAUACAGAGAGCAAAGAUGCUGAUAUGGCAGACAUGCUCAUCGCUUACUCUAGUUUUGAAGAUUACACCUCAUACCGACACUCGGAAGAAGGAAGCUAUUUCAUCCAAAGCUUGGUUCGAUUUUUCCGAGAAUAUGCAGAUUCGGAACAUGUUGAGGAGCUAUUGACAAGAGUUAAAAAUGAAGUUCACAGGCUUAUACAAGAGACAUCGCAAGGCCGAACACAAAUCCCUGCUCCUGUAUCAACACUCCGCAAGAAACUGUAUUUCUGGCCAGGAAUGGAUUUUAAUACGUGAUCUAAGCAUAGUUAACUAUGAUCUAAGGAAUACAUAGAUGUAAAAAUGGUGAGCUCUAGAAAACUCAAACUUUACUCACAUUCGGAUUACGUUUAGGACUCAGCGAGGAAGAUCUUGAUACACUACACUCUUCAUCUUCAGUUUUAAAGAUAGUUCUAGAUAAAAAUAAUAAUACAAUUGGCAGGGUUACUUCAAUGCUUUGAGAAAGUGUUGGGCUCGUUUCCCUGAACAGCAACUAGCGGACAUUAUAACCACGAUGGUUAAAUUAGGAUGAAUCCUGUAGCUUAUGCUUAGCUUUUGCGGAAGAAAUUUUCUGGAGUAGUUUUUGUUGAGGUAUUUUAAAUGGAUUUAUCGUUUUAUAGACGCCUAAAAAUAUAGCAAACAUUAGUAUCAAUCGUGAUAUUUAAUAAUUUUUAGAGAAAACAGGUAUUUUCUUAAGAUAUUUUUAAUCUUUGUAUUUCAAUUGAAAUGUAGGUAUAUAGUUUUAUAGUUCUAGCUAGAAUAUUUUAUGAAAUAGCUCAAAGCUGUGUMAAUUAUAAUSAUGUGGUAGUCUACAAUUAGAAAGUUUUAUAAUCUUGCGAUAAAAUGGUAUUUUACUUUGUAUCAUGAACAAAAUGUUUGUAAAUUAUCUAUCCGUUUUGCAGUGCUAGUAGGAUUAAAGGAGUAUCCAAGU